AAUCUCCGUGGGGAACUUUAAGGGGAGAUCUAGACACUUCGGCACACUGGGCUAAGUAGCCCGAGUUGACAGGGUUCCGCCGCCUCUUAGCUACAUCAAGACCACAGGGUCCACGUCAACUCGGCUUCUUUGGUCUGUUCUUCUCUAUCACGAUAUUCAUUGCCAAAAAUCCAGCCAUAGCGGACACUUCUUACGGAGUUCGUAUUUUCAAUGGUGUGAGAGCCGAAAUUCACCAACAAUGAAUCCUGUAGAACUCUUCCUAGAGAAGGCCACCGCUCCUGGGCCAGAACGGCAACUUCCAGGCGCUGUCCUAUUGGCCGCAAAUAAAGAUGGAAUCAUAUACUCAAAGUGCUUUGGGACACACUCUGUUGACCCAACAUCACCAAAGGCCAGCAAGCCUCUCUCGAUCGACACACCCAUGUGGAUUGCAUCAUGCAACAAAGUCAUGACGGCCGUCGCGGCCCUACAGUGUGUUGAAAAGGGUCUUCUACAUCUCGAUGAGGACAUAUCCUCUGUUUUGCCUGAAUGGAAGGAUCCACAAGUUAUCGUAGGCUUCGAUGAAGCCACGGGAGAACCGAAGCUUCGAAAGGCUGAAGGCCGAAUCACUUUGAGAAUGCUCCUGACACAUCAGAGUGGUCUGGGAUACCAGUUCUUGAACCCGGAGAUAGACAAAUACGUCGCGUACCAUAAACCCCAGUCUGCUCAUAUUCGUCACAAAUAUUUGUGGCCACUCGUCUUUGAGCCCAGCACUUCCUGGACCUACGGCGUGGGCGUGGACUGGGCAGGCCAGAUGAUUGAGCGUGUAAAUGGUGGUCAAAGCCUCGAUGCGUACAUGCAGGAAUAUAUCUGCAAGCCUCUCGGCAUGUCUUCUACUACCUUCCGACCCAGCGAGAUCCCCGGAUUCAGCGCCCGCUGUGCCGAUAUGACUAAUCGUAGUGCUGAUGGGACACUGUCGACUACCUCGGUGGAAGCUCUUCGAGGGCCUGUUGGAGACGACGAAGGCGGUGGUGGCUUGUAUUCAAGUCCUGCAGACUACAUCAAAUUCCUGACAGCCUUACUGAAGAAUGACGGUACACUUGUUAACCCGGCCAGCAUGGACCUGUUGUUCACACCGUGUCUAACGGAGGCUGGAGCCAAGGCACUUCAACAUAUCAUGUCCAGCCGGUUUGCUGGAGAUGCUGAGCCCGACGCGACUUUGACUGGUGGAGUAAUUGCUCCGACGGAGGUGGACUACGCUCUAGGUGGUCUGGUCACUACCGCUGAUGUGCCAGGAGGGCGCAAAGCAGGCAGCAUGUCCUGGGGUGGCUUGCCGAAUUUGAGUUGGGUUGUGGACCCAAAGUCCGACAUAGCAUUGCUCUAUUCGAGUCAACUACUGCCGACAGGUGAUGUAACAACUAGGACGUUGUUCAAGGGGUUCGAGGCCAUGAUGUAUACAUCCAAGUCCCAAACGUAGGUUAUCCAGGCACUGAUGACAGUUGGAUUUCGUAAUCCUCUGUCUGCGGAGAACCAGAACGUAUGACGUUAUCAAGCUCUACCUCUUUCGAUUACCUGGCCUUCUAUGUGGUUCAAGAUGACAACUGUAGCAUUGGUAAUGUUUUAGACGGCAAACGGGGCAGCCUCUUUGUAUGCUCGACGCUCCAUACGAAGUCCUUACUCACACCUGCUACGAAUGAUCCUGACGCACAUGCCCACCACGGGUCUUACCCGCUGAAAGAAAAAUAUUGCAAUCACGAACAACCACACCCACAGACAUGCCUUGGGAACGAGAUGGCCUUGGAUGCCGACCACGGCACGACUUUGCUGCCACUACGGAACAGUUAGAGACACUCCAGAUGAGGAACGGCAAGAAUCC